CAAAAAGAAUAUUUCUAAUUCAUCCAAUAGUUUUUAGAUAGUUAAAAGAGUAGUAGUUUGAAAAAGAAAUUUUUAAAAAAUUUUUAAAUAAUUAAAAAAAAAACUAAAAAACUAAAAACUAUUUUUUUUUUAAAAUUUUUUUAUUUAUUUUAAUUUUUUUCAUUUUAUAUCACAAUUAAUUCGUUGAUAACUGCAUCGUUUUCUUUUUCUUUUUUUUUUUUUUUUUUUCAUAAUCUUUAAUACAAAAAUCUCAAUUACUUUUAAAAGUAAUAAUCACUAAAUAAAUUCUUUGUAUUAUUUAGAUAAUAUCACACAUAUACAUAUAUAAAAAAUAAUGGACACAACUACAUCAUUCCCAAAAGAUAAAAUUAAAAUCUUAUUAUUAGAAAAUAUUCAUUCUGCUGCAAUUAAACAAUUCAAUGACCAAGGUUUUCAAGUAGAAUCAAUUUCAUCAUCAUUACCAGAAGAAAAAAUUAUUGAAAAAAUUAAAGAUGUCCACGUUUUAGGUCUUAGAAGCAAAACUAAAGUCACUGAAAAGAUAUUAGAUGCAGCCAAUAGAUUAUUAGCAAUCGGUUGUUUUUGUAUUGGUACCGAUCAAGUAGAUUUACAUGCCGCUGAAAAAAGAGGUAUCCCAGUUUUCAACUCACCAUUUUGCAACAGUCGUUCAGUAGCCGAGUUAAUUAUCGCAGAGAUCAUUAUUCUUUCAAGAAAAUUAGGUGAUCGUAGUAAAGAAAUGCACGAAAAGAAAUGGAGAAAAGAGUCUAAAGCUUGUCACGAAAUUAGAGGUAAAUCAUUAGGUAUUAUUGGAUAUGGUCAUAUUGGUAGUCAACUCUCAGUAUUGGCUGAAGCUAUGGGUAUGUCAGUUUCUUACUAUGAUAUUGCUCGUCGUCUUCCAUUGGGUAACUCUAAAAUGUGUCCAGAUUUAAAGAGUUUAUUAGAAUCAAACAAUUUUAUUACCUUACAUGUUCCAGAUACUGAACUCACUAGAGGUAUGAUUGGUGAAGAAGAAAUCAAUACAAUGAAAAAAGGUACCUACCUCUUAAAUGCCUCACGUGGCAAAGUAGUUCAAAUCCCACAUUUAGCCGCUGCUCUUAGAUCUGGCCAUUUAGCUGGUUGCGCCGUUGAUGUUUAUCCAAGUGAGCCAGAAGCUAAUUGCGAUGAUUGGGAAACUGAACUCCAAGGUUGUCCAAAUACUAUUUUAACACCACACAUUGGUGGCAGCACAGAAGAAGCUCAAGAAGCUAUUGGUCUCGAAGUUAGUGAUCUCAUCAUUUCUUUCAUUAACAGUGGUGCCUCCGCUGGUUCUGUUAACUUCCCAGAAGUUACCAUGCCAUAUAGUCCAUCAACUCAUCGUAUUCUCAAUAUUCAUAACAACAAGCCUGGUGUUUUAAGAGAUAUCAAUAAUAUUUUAUCAGAAUUCAAUGUAUCUGGUCAAGUACUUUCAACAAGAAAACAAAUUGGUUAUAUUAUUGCUGACGUAGAUUCCAAGGCUUCCAAAGAAAUUAAAAAGAAAAUCAGCGAUCUUCCAAACUCUAUCCGUACCCGUAUUCUCUAUUAGAUAUAAUUCAUUAGUUAAAUUAUUAAUUUAAUUUAAUAUAUAAAUUUAUAAUUAAUAAUAAUAAUAAUUAAUAGUAAUAAUAGAAACAACAGUAAUAUUAAUAUAUAAUAUUAUUGUCCAGUUCUAUUUAGUACUAUUUUUAAAAUAUCUAUCCAUCCAAAAAAAUCCAAACCAAUUUGUAAAUUAGCAAAUCAAAAAAAUAUAAAAAAAUAAAGAAAUAAAUUAAAAUAUUAUUUAUUUAAAUAAAAAAACAAAUCAACGCAUU